CAGUUGAUGCCAGUCUAGAUUUCGUAAUAUAUUUACAUAUAUACAGAGUCGUAUAUGAAAUUUGUAGUUGAUGUUGGUUAAGCCCAUGAAUUUGACAGGCUUUCCGAUAGCACGCAUGGGACUCGAGGAACCGCUUUGAUUUCGAGACCCAGUAGCCUUUGCGUAAUAGAAAAAGUCGACCAUCCGUUUGACGGUCUGAAAAGUGGUUUAGUUCAAUCUGUUCUGUCGUAGUGUGAACAUCGCUAAAAAAAAACCAAAAACUUAAAGUCUAAGGAAAAAAUUGAAGAAAAAACAAAAGAAAAAUCUUGUGGAAAAAUCGUGCAAUCUGAAUAGUGAAAAACUGAGGGCAAAACUUAAAUAUGGAAUUGCCGUCGAUGGUAGAGCGUUCGGGUGGCCGUUUGGUGGUGCGCAGCCUGGUGAGUGGUGUCACAGUCUUUCAGACAGCAAUGGAGGAGAGUGACGCAGCAGCGGCAGAGAGUGCCAAUCCGAUGGCCACGCAUCCCUUGGUCAGCGCCGAGAUGCUCGAGCGCCAGCUGCAGCUCCUCAACAAUCAGACAGCAACUGCUCAGCCGCAGCCGCCGAUGGUGCCGUCGGCCAUGUCCAAGGCGGAGCAGGAGGACGGCUGCAAGGAAUCGCUGCCCAUGCUAGAGUCGCGGCCCGAGGAGGAGCUGCCGCAGUGCAAGAUCCGGCGAAACUACAGCUGCAAUGCGUGCGCCUUCUUCACGCAGAAUCCGCGCAGCCAUUUGUCUCACCUGCGCGACGUGCACGGCGAGAAGAUCGUGAUAAACGAGUGCAAGCUGUGCCUGUAUGCCUCCCGCCACUUCCAGAAGCUGGUGCGUCACAUGAAGAUGGUGCACGGCUGCUCGGACGAUGACAGCAACGGCUUGGCCGGCAGACGCCACUGCAAUCGGGAGGCGCGCAAGCGUCGCCUGGAGGAGAGCAUCGAGGCGCCAACUGGGAUGCCAGCCCCUUUGCAGCAGAGUGUUGCUGCACCUGUAGUACCACUGCCACUGGCACUGCCAUUGCCACUACCACUACCCCUUGCAGUUGAUGCCGACCAGAGGGGAGCAACGCUGGCGAGCAGUGCCAUGCAGGCGGGGCCCUCGCUCAAGCAGCUGAAGAGCGAGCUGCAGCUGCAGGAGCAGCAGCUGCUGAGCAAUGUGGAGGCGUUCAAUCGCCAGCAGCAGCUGCAGCAUCUGCAGCAGAUGGUCUCGCGCAGCGCCAACAUCUUCUCCAUGGCUUUCGAGUUCCAGAUGUGCAUGCUGAUGCCGGCAUCGGCCAUCCUGCCGAGCGCUCGACCCGUCGAGGAGCUGGGCCGUGAGCCGGAGAACAGCAGCUCGGACUCGGAGGCUUCGCCGCCUGCCGAUGAGUGUGUGACACCCGAGGCGCUCGAUCUGUCGGCCGGCAGCUCCUCGGUCACCCAGUACCAGUGCCAGAAAUGCUCGUACAGCACACCGAUCCGUGCACGCUUUAAGAAGCACGUCAAGUAUCACACGAUGCCGCUGAUCAAGUGCGGCUCGUGUGACUUUCAUUCGCCCUACAAAUGGAACCUGGACAGGCACACGAAGAACCAUGGCGCCAAUGGCUACUUCAAGUGCGCCGUUUGCGACUUCAGCACCAACAUCAAGCAAUCGCUGACCAUACAUGAGCUCAACCAUCAUGUGGCUCGACGUUCGAGCUCGCAGGAGCAACAGCAACAGCAGCAGCAGCAGCAGCAGCAAGUGCAACAUCAGGCAGCAGGAGCAGCCGCUCUGGAUUCGUCAACUGAUCAGGCAGAAUCGAUGGACCCUGAGCUCUGUCCUAGUCCCAUCGUGGGGGCAAUUGGGUCUAGUUCUGGCUCGCCACUGUCCGAGCUGCCGCCCAUCAGCUGCUCACACUGCCAGCAGCGCGUGCCCAACGCCAUGGAGCUGAUCAGCCAUCUGCAGCAGUGCGAGCCGGCGCUGCGAAACACCACGCAGCUGGCCUGCGACAUGGAUCUGACCGGGGAGGAGGACUUUCGCGGUGCUAGCACCGAUCUGAGCUAUUGUGGUGUCGAGACGGCACCCGGCUAUGGCGAGGUCACGGAGCAACUGCAGCCGGAGGACUCGGAUGCCCUCAAGAAGGUCUUCAAAUGUCCGCAUUGCACAUUUUGGGCAGCGACCGCCUCACGCUUCCACGUCCACAUCGUGGGCCAUCUGAACCGCAAGCCGUUCGAGUGCUCGCUGUGCUCGUACCGCUCCAACUGGCGCUGGGACAUUACCAAGCACAUUCGGUUGAAGGCCAUGCGCGACAAGUCGCACACCCAGGCGCAGGUGCUGAUGAACGAUGAGACGGGCAGACGCAACUAUGCCAAGUACAAUCAAUAUCUCACCCUCAUGAAGGUCAGCGCCGAGCAGGCAGCCGAUGCCAAGACCAUGCGCUGCGGCGAGAUGCAGCCCAGCAAUCUGGAGCAGCAGCACCAGCAACAGCUGCUCGCUGCUCUGCCUCAGCUCGAGGAGGAUAAUCUAGAGAUUCAGGAUGCACAAUCAGACUCUUUUGCUGCUCUCGACUUGCGUGUGUCCAGCAAAUCCCACGCGGAGCAGCCCCCAGCGCACACCAAUGAACGGUCCAUGGAACGCAGCCAUUCGACACAGAAGCAAAAGCACAGCAAGACAAGCAGCAAAUCCAAUAAGCAUUCACAUAAAGGAUAACUCGCAUCAUGAACAGGACUAUUACACUAAUUACACU